AUGAGAUGGACAUCUGUUAUACAACCCCCAGAAGGCGUAAAUUUUCGCGAAGAGGUUGGUAUGAGAGUAGAAAUGGACAAUGACAAUAAUUGUUUAGAUUACUUCCAACCUCUGUUUACUGAUGAUGUUUAUCAGCUGAUUUUACGUGAGACCAAACGGUUUGAGCAUCAAAAACGGCAGCUUGAGGACAAUUCUCUGGGUGGUCUCCACGAUUUUACCCUUCCAGAGCUAAAGGCUUGGCUUGGGCUCACAUUGGAAAUGGGUCUUGUAAAAAAAAGCAAUUUGAAAGCUCACUGGUCAACUGAUUCGGUCACCAAAACUCCAUUGUUUUCUAACACCAUGUCAAGAGACUACUACCUUCAUAUUCAGAGAUAUCUUCACUUUGUAAAUAAUUGCAAUGCCCCAGACCAGACAGAUCCUAACAGGGAUAAACUGCGGAAAAUGAGAUCAUUUUUAGAUGCUCUUGUGCCCAGAUACGCUGGAAAAGAGGGUCCAGCAGCAAGCAAGGAUUUGGCUCAGCGAGUUGUUCUAAUGCUAACAGAGCCUUAUUUCAACAAAGCUUACAAAUUGUUUGUUGUCAACUGGUAUACCAGUGUACCACUCUAUCUAGAACUGGAAAAAAAAAAGGAAUUAGAGUCUGUGGAACAGUGAGGGGAAAUAGAAAGUGCCUACCUCAGGAUACUGUUGACCAGCGAUGCGAGCAGGUCAAAAGCCUCGUCAGGGGAGAAUCGCUUUUCCGUCAAAGCGGCAAGCUCAUCUGUGUGACAUGGAAGGACCGAAAGCUGGUACAUUACUCUCAACUCUCCCUGGGGGUUUGGAAAUUGGACAGGUAGAGAGAAGGGUGAAGUCACGAGGGCAAUGGCAAAGGCAGAACAUCGCACAGCCACAGUUGAUUAA